GAGCUAUGAUCAUUCUUCCAGAAGAGUAUGCGAGAAGAUAUUCUGCUGGGUGCAGUUGCACCACGCUGUGUUGUUAAACAAGCCACGGUCAAAAGAUGUGUUGCAGCAUUACUUCUAGUAUCAGUUGCGAGUAUAUUUUAUUAUACACACUAUGUUAUCAGCAAUCCACUAUCAAGUCUCAUUCAUCGUGACACUAGACCGGAGCCAUCGAUAAGGUGCUCAACCCUCAAUGGUGCAACUAGACUACCAGCAGCACCAGAUCAUCGUAGUGAAGCUAGACUUAGAAUUGAUCCAAAAGUAUUGGUUUUUGUUGAAACACUUUAUUCACGUGUUGGACGUGAAAUUGCUGAACUACUUGUCUACAAUCGGAUCAAAUAUAAAGUUGAAGUAGCUGGUAAAAGUUUGCCAGUAUUGACAAAUUUAGAUAAAGGACGUUAUGGUGUAUUAGUAUUUGAAAAUUUAAAUAAAUAUUUACAAAUGGAUAAAUGGAAUCGUGAAUUACUUGAUAAAUAUUGUCGAGAAUAUUCAGUUGGUAUUGUUGGUUUUGCACCACCUGGUGAAGAGAGUCUUGUUGGUGCUCAACUCAAGGGAUUUCCAUUGUUUAUACAUACAAACCUCAGACUAAAGGAUGCACAGCUGAAUGCAGCUUCACCAAUUUUGAGGCUAACCAGAUCUGGUGAAACUGCCUGGGGACCUUUACCCGGUGGUGACUGGACAAUUUUUCAACCAAACCACAGCACGUACGAGCCACUUGCUUGGGCAUACAGAGACAGUCUUGACUAUAUAAGUCAAAAAAGUCCUCUUGCCACUGUGAUUCAGGAUCAUGGAAGAUAUGAUGGAAUACAGAGAGUAUUAUUUGGUGGUGGAUUGAGAUUUUGGCUACAUAAAUUAUUACUUUUAGACUCAUUAUCAUAUUUAUCACAUGGACAAUUAAGUUUGAGUUUAAAUCGUAUGAUACUUGUUGAUGUUGAUGAUAUAUUUGUUGGUGAAAAAAGUACAAGAUUAAAAAAAGAUGAUGUAUCAGCAUUAUUAGCAACACAACAAAGAAUCCAAGCACUUGUACCUGGUUUUAAAUUUAAUUUGGGGUUUUCCGGAAAAUAUUUUCAUCACGGUACAUCGGAAGAGAAUUUGGGAGACGAUAUGCUACUCGAGAAUGUCGACAGGUUUACAUGGUUUUCACACAUGUGGAAUCAUCAACAACCUCAUCUUUACGAGAAUGUAACACAUCUACAAUCAGAUAUGGGAUUGAAUAAACAAUUUGCUAAAGAACAUGGUAUACCAACAGUUAGUGGAUACAGUGUUAGUCCACAUCAUUCUGGUGUUUAUCCAGUACAUGAAAGACUUUAUGAAGCAUGGAAAAGAGUAUGGAAUAUCAAAGUAACAAGUACUGAAGAAUAUCCACAUUUAAGACCAGCAAGAUUAAGACGUGGAUUUAUUCAUCGUAAUAUUAUGGUUUUGCCACGACAGACUUGUGGCCUUUUCACACAUACUAUUUUCAUCGAAAGGUAUCCUGGUGGAAGGGACAAAUUGGAUGAAUCCAUUCAGGGUGGUGAACUGUUUCAAACAAUCGUUUAUAACCCAAUAAAUAUAUUUAUGACUCAUAUGUCCAACUAUGGAAAUGAUCGUCUUGCUCUUUAUACAUUUGAAUCAGUCAUUAAAUUUAUUCAAUGUUGGACAAAUUUACGACUUUCAAGUGCACCACCACUUCAAUUAGGUGAACGUUAUUUUCAACUUUAUCCAGAAGAAGCUGAUCCAGUUUGGGGAAAUCCUUGUGAUGAUCAGAGACAUCAAAAAAUAUGGUCAAGAAAUAAAACAUGUGAUCAAUUGCCAAGAUUUCUUGUUAUUGGACCACAAAAAACAGGGACAACAGCAUUGUAUACAUUUUUAUCAAUACAUCCAGCAAUAAGUAGUAAUCUACCAAGUCCAGAUACAUUUGAAGAAAUACAAUUUUUUAAUGGAAAAAAUUAUUACAAAGGACUUGAUUGGUACAUGGGUUUUUUUCCGGCAUCAAAAAAUGAAAGUUCACGUUAUUUAUUUGAAAAAUCAGCAACAUAUUUUGAUGGUGAACUUGUACCAAGAAGAGCACAUGCAUUAUUACCAAAAGCAAAAUUAAUAACAAUAUUAUUAUCACCAGCAAGAAGAGCAUAUUCAUGGUAUCAACAUACAAGAGCACAUGGUGAUCCAGUUGCAAAUAAUUACAGUUUUCAUUCUGUUAUAACAGCAACUGAUACAGCACCAAAACAAUUACGUGAUUUGCGAAAUAGAUGUUUAAAUCCUGGUAAAUAUGCACAACAUUUAGAAAGAUGGUUAUCAUAUUAUCUACCUCAACAACUACAUAUUAUUGAUGGUGAACAAUUACGUCAAAAUCCAAUUGAAACACUUCAUGAGCUACAAAGAUUUUUAAAAAUAACACCGUCAUUUAAUUAUUCAAGUCAUUUAAGAUAUGAUCCAAAAAAAGGCUUUUUUUGUCAAGUUACAAAUGAAGAUAGAACAAAGUGUCUUGGUAAAAGUAAAGGACGUCAAUAUCCACCAAUGGAAGAUAAAUCAUAUAAAUUAUUACAAAGAUAUUACUUGUCACAUAAUACAGCACUUGUUAAAUUACUUAAAAGACUUGGAUCAAGAACAAUACCACAAUGGUUAAAGGAUGAUUUAACUGACACUGUUAUGACCUAGCAAACGACUAUUGGAUGAUUCGAAUUUUCAUUUACCUUACCAUGGCAUUUUACAUGGAGGUGAUUAUUGAUUAUUUGAUAAUUCCAGUUCUAUUCACAAUAUCAUCUUGUUAAAAUCAAUAAAUAUUAAAUUCAUGAUGAUUUAACAAAGGAUCAAUGAAAAUAUUUGAGCCUUAAUUUAAAAAACUUUUGAGAUUAAAAUAAUGUUAACAGAAAAAACUAGUCAAUAGAGUGUCCAUACAGGCAGCUUAAUUUUUUUUUCUCUUCAUUAAUGUCAAACUUCUUUUAAACUAUUGAGUCAAAAGCUAUGAAUAAUAAUCAAAAAUGUUGAAUGAUUGAUGAAAGAAAAAGAUAUUAAUGUUGAAAAAGAAAAAAAAUAAAUUGUUAAUAUGACGGGAAAUUAGUCAAAGCUGACAAACAACUGAUUUUUCAUUCGUAGAUGCAAUUUCCAUUUUUUAUUGAACACUAGGAAUAAAAAAUAAAAUAAAAAAAUUCUCAUAUCCGACCACGAUUGAAAUUAAUAAACUUAUGAUCUUCAAUCACUCUGUCAUGCUUUUUUUCUUAUCUCAAGGCAUACUCAAUUUCCAAGCAAUUUGUUAGAUUAUUAAGGACAACGAAAUGUCGUAGAGUAAAAAAAAAAAAAGGCAACUAUUUCUCGCUGAGAAUGAGGGAUAAAAAUUUACCAACUGAGUGAUUGAAAUACUGAUAGAAUUGUCAUGUUUAAUGAGGUUUAUUGGACCAAGUGAGUCGACAAAAUGACUAUUUGUUU